UAUGAUUUCAAAUUAAAGACUGAAGGUCAAAUGAGAUCAAUGAGGUUUAAACGUAUCUAAUAUCGUCUAAUUAUAAAUUCGUCUAGUAAUUUGUAUAUAGUGGAAAAGAAAAUGGUGAAUUUUUAUGUCACAAGAUAUUGCUUUAUUAUUUUUCAAUUUUGAAGAUUUCGAAUCGAAAACAAAAUAGAUAAAAAAAGAAGUAAUAUUUUCGUUAAGAAUAAAAAUUAUUUGGGAUAUUUUACAAGAAUUCAGGAGAAAAAUCGACAUUGGAUUUCAAAAAUCGAGGCUGGUGUUUCCAAAAGAAUAUAUCAUUAAAGAAAAUUCAAUAUUGAUAAAGAAGUGAACCAAAUAGAAUGACAAGUACAAAUUCUCAAAUUGUGUCAUUCGCCAACAGUUAUUUCACACUUGCAGAUGGUCUUGCUACUGGAUUGGAAGAUUAUCUAGCCGACAAUGUUAUACUCGUUUGGUUUGAUAAAACAAUUAAGGGCAAAAGGAGUGUGAAUAGUUUUUUGAAAUAUCAUAAAGUAAAUUCAAGACAUAUUUUUAAUGAUAUUGUACCAACUGAUACCAUCGAUUACAAGAAACGCAAAUCGAAUAGGAAACACAAUCAUUCGACAGAUUCGAAUGAAACGAAAAGUUCAAAUAGCUCAAGUGAAAAUAUUGAUAAUUCAAUGCAUUCAAUUGAUAGCGAAGGGAAUAUUGUAAAAGAAGAAGAAGAAGGAAAUUCUUAUGAAUUGAGUUAUGGUGAUCUUAAUCAACUUUUUAAACUCGAUAUUGCACCAACAAUUGCUUCAGAAAUAGAAGAUAGUAUUGAAAAAAUUAAACAAUUAAAAGUAGAAGAAAAUGCAAAUACAACGGAGGAACAAGGACUAAGCAAUAGAUUUAAAAAGGCAAUUCAAGUCGAGGGAAUUCAAUUUCUUCGAGCUAAUGGUGAACUUCGUUUGUGGAAGAAACGUAAAGGCAAAAAUGUUUAUGACUCAGUACCAACAUCAGCAAGUGUUUGGAGAAGACCCUGCAAUUUACAAAUUGCAUAUUCCCUUAUAAAAUCAAAAGCCAAAGUCUCGAAUAUUAAUGUCGAGAAUAAUUCCAAAUCGUCAUCGUUCAAAUUUCAAAACAGUGGAUUACUGAGUUUUGAUGAAAUAAGUGAGUUAAGCAAUCAUUUAGUACCAAAUGUAAAUAAUUUUGGGGGUUAUCUACGUAAUAGAAAUUUUUGUGAGGAUAGAGAUAAUUUUUUAAAAAGUUUCGGUGAGGAAAUAGCAAAAACUGAAUCGGAACAUCAUCGCUAUGUUCCGGAAUAUGUAGGAAAUAAACUUGUGUUUCGUAAGACAAAUAAUACCGAUUGCGAGGAAUCAAAUGAUUUUGUAUUCAAUCAUCAAAUUCAUAUGAUUAUCUAUAAGGGUGAUCGUAUUAAAAAGAAAAAUUAUUCUAAAGAUUCUGUUAAAAAGUCGAUUGAAGAAUCUAUUGAAGAAUCUAUAGAAGAAUCAGUUGAAAUGUCUGAAGAAUCUAUUAAAAUGGAAUAAUUUUUUUUAAAUUAGUUUUGUAACGGCUGGAUCCGUUAAGAUUUAUAUAUUUUUUUAUUUUGUUUUCAAAUUAUUUGAUUUUAGUUUUUGUUUAUUUAUCUAGAAAGAGAAUAUCUAUUUUAUUAAUUUAAGUUGAAAAUCUAUUUUUUAAAAACAAAAAAUAAGAUAUUUAACUCUAUUACUUACUUAUUUCUCCUGAAGCUGGUAAAUCUUCUAUGAGAUCGGAAUAAUUAAAUUUUCCUAAAGUAUUCAUUGUCCUCGCAAUCGGUAACGAUAUCUGAAAAAAAAGUGAAGAUGUCAUCAGUUACGUUAAUAUUAAUAUAAAAUAAUUAUAUACUCUCCAAGAGUUAUUUAAGUUUAGUUUUUGAAAAAAAACAGUAUGAAAAUAAAUUGAUUUAUUAAUUCUAAUAACAAUUAUAGAACUAUCAAUUUUGAAUAACAAAUUAAUGAAACGUGAGGAUAAAAACAAAAUUACGGUUCAUGAUUCAGGUAGUUGUCGAGUCGAGUAAAAAAUCUUUGACUUAAUGACAUAUCACAUUGACGUAUACAUUUAAAGAUAGUGUUAUAUUUAUUUUCUUACUGCAAAAUUCUUUUUUUUUCUUUGCAAAAUUAUGGAAUUCAUUAAAUUUAAUUGUAAGUCGCAAUUUAUUUACGUAAAAAAAGUGAUAUACUUUUAGAACCAUACAAUUCGUCAGAAUUCUUCGUUUAUUUUUAAAUAAGGAAAAUAAUGAUUAAUGGCGAAUUUUUAUACUUCGCCGAAAGUAUUAAAAAAAACAAUAAAUUUUCUUUUAAUACAAGA